AUGGACUUGAAAUCUGUUCUAAAUCUGGAUACCUUCCGAGCUAUUUUAUCGCCCGCCAGCAUCUUUUACCUCAUUGGUCUAUUCGUCAGCCACCGCAUCCUGGUCGCCUUGUACAACAUCUCGCCUUUCCACCCGCUGUCCCGCUUUCCCGGCCCGAGAAUAGCAGCUGCGAGCUAUCUCUACGAGGCAUACUACGACUGGUGGCUUGUGGGAAGAUAUGGCCACGAGAUCCGUCGGAUGCACGAGCUGUAUGGCCCCAUGGUCAGAAUCAACCCCGACGAACUUCACUGCUCCGACCCAUAUUUCACAGACGAGAUCUACGCCGGGUCCGGACGCAUCCGCGACAAAUGGCAGCACCAACUCAACACUGGCAGCGUUGGCCCCGUGUCGGUGGCCGGGUUCUCGACGGUUCCCCACGAAAUACAUCGCAUGCGAAAGGCCGCGUUGUCCAGGUUCUUCUCGCGCCAGCAAAUGCUCAAGCUCGAGGGCGAGGUGCAGGACGUUGCCCAACUCGUGGUAGAGAAGAUGUUGCGUUCGGCCGGAACGGAGCCAUUCGACGUCAAAGAAGCCUUCAACUGCUUCACGGCGGACAUGAUUUCCCAAUACGCCUUUGGCGAGCCCAUGGGAUCCGUUGCCCAAGAGGGCUGGGAACCCAACUUUGCCACCAUGCUCAAGUCCUUUGUCAGGAGUGCGUACAUGAUGAGACAUAAUGCGCUCGCGAGGAAGACGGCCCAAGUCCUUCCCCUGUUGGCAGAUUACAUGGGCGAAGACAUCAAGGCAGUUAUGGAGCAGAUGAACGUCAUUAUACCGGGAUAUAUCAAGGCGGCUAUCAACAACCCUGAAAAUGGGACAGUCUUCGCUGAUCUGGUCAACUCCAAAUCUUUGCCUGAGUCUGAGAAGACCAUGUAUCGCCUUUCUGGCGAAGGAUUUACGUUCCUGCUUGCCGGCACGGAAACCACAGCUGCUACACUCACGGUCAUUACAUACCACCUCCUGGCCCAGCCUACGACAUAUGUGCGUCUGAUGGAGGACCUCGAGGGUCUCAACCCCUCGAACCUCAGAUGGACGGAGCUCGAACAGCGGCCUUACCUCUGGGCUGUCAUACAUGAAGCCUUGCGCAUGAUGCCCGGUAUAUCGCACAGGUCAGCGAGAGUUGCUCGCAAUGAGGAUCUAAUCUACAAGAGUCGAGAUGGCUGUGUUGAAUGGUUCAUUCCGAGAGGUACCCCUAUUGGCAUGACCUCGAUGAUCAACCACUGGGACAAAGAACUCUUCCCGAACCCCGACCAAUUCAUCCCCGAGCGAUGGUUGAUGCAUGGCCAGCCAAACUAUGCGCUACAAAAGAUGUUGAUAUCCUUCGGGAAGGGUAGUCGUUCGUGUAUCGGUGAGAAUUUGGCAUGUUGUGAACUCUACAUCAUGGCGGCUCUGAUGGCGUUCCGAGUCAUCCCCAGGGCUCGUCUAUACGAAACAACUGUGGAGGACAUCUCCUACGAUCAUGACCUGAUCGUGGUGCAAACGAAGAAAGGCACGAUUUCGGUCCGCAUCAAAAUCGAGUGAAGC